AUGGAGGCAGUGGCUGAAUCCGAGGCGCGCAAGGCCUUAUUCCAACGACUGAAGCCAUGCUGUGUUGAAAUCAGCCGGCUUACCAUUCGGGACGAGGAUGGGCCCUUCCCAGCCCGCGAACUGCAAGCUCUUACUACUACCCUCCUGGACAUUCUUCACGCCUCAUCUGCGGACUUACACGACAAAUUAGCCGAAUAUGUCUUCUUCCCGUUAUCUCAUAUCUUCCGCCAAAUGGCGAAAUACCCAGCGACUGUUAUCGAGAACUGUAUCACUUGUCUCCGAAUCCUCAUCACCUACGGCUGGCGGACGAGGAUAUCAGCCGCCCUUGUCCAGCAAAUAUUUACCCUUCUCAUUUUCAUCAUUGAUGGCGCUCCUGGAUCACAAGGGAAUAUGGAAAAGCCCGAGGAGCUUAUCUUAGAAGCCUUCCGCACCUUGUCGGCUCUCCUCGACGCUGCCGCAGGAUCAGCACAGGCCGCCACUGGUCUAGCAGCGCCCGCGGUAAUUCCGCAGCUGGGCCAAGGCGUCACAGCGAUGCUCGAUGGUAUUGUGGACGGUGUUACUCCGGCGAUCCAGGAAGAGGCCCUUCGAUCGUUGGUUCUGCUGUAUCGAGCCAUCAGAGAUCAUGCCACCUUAGCUACUUUCCUCCCCGGCACAUUGUCAAAUCUCGCAAGGGUGCUCCACACGCCGGCACGAUACAAAGCCUCAGUUCUAGCAGGAUGUCUAGAUGGAGUGAGGGUGGUUCUGACGACAGUUUUAGGCGAUUUACGCACGCGAUCAAUCCUUGCUAAAAAGGAGAAGGACGGCGGCGAAAAGGAAGAGGACAAAAAUAAGGUCCUCGGACCAGCAUGGCUAAAUGCGACCGUGGGACAAGUCAAAAAGGCUUUGGCAACAAUGAUGAAGCUACGCAUACAUGAAUCCGACGGCGUCAAAAUUGCACUCAACCGCCUGUGCAUUACAUUGCUGGACGAGUGCUAUGAGACCUUGUCCAACUGUUCGACAUUGCUUGUGGAGACGGCCGUUAUCCUGGAUACCGGCGACCGCGAUUCAUUUACGGAAACGAACUUGUCACAUAUAGCUGGAGUAUAUCCCGAGUUACUCGACGUGGUCAAGACGACAGUCUAUAACUGGAUGUCGAGCUUGCCUCGACACAUGCAAUCCGCGGACGAAGAUGUCAAGCAGGUCGCAAUUCACAACUUUGGCAAAGGCAUUGGGCUUUUGAGAAGUCUGAACAUUGAAUCGAGUACACUGGAGAGCGCGUUGUCUCAAACAAUGUGUGAGACGAUAACUUCACUACUCCAGGCGAACAAAACCUCAAUCUCGGACAACGCGGCACCAAUUCAGCUUCUAGAAAGUAAAUCUAUGGUGAAGGCUUCUGGAAGGAUGUCGCAUUCUCCUGUACUGCUUUCGCACGAAAGCCAGCGUGGGCUGAAAACUGAACUUGCAUCCCUUUUACGGGCAGUCAGCUCGACCUCGCAGUCUGGCGCCUUGCUAGCAGACAUGGUGGAAUUUGCUAGGAACAAUUCAGAUAAUAGUCAAGUCGCUGCCUACUGGCUGUCGUUGGAGAUAAUCAAGACUGCGCAUGCCUCCUCUUCGGACGAGGAUGCGCUUCUUAACUUCACUGAUGUCCCAAAUGGAUCGCAAGAUAUCGAGUCUGAGUUCGGCGAAUUGUAUUCGUUCUCGGUUGAGAUAUUGGAUUCUCACAGCGAUGCAUCAGCUGUCGACUGGCGUAUGGAGGCGCUUGCGCUCGAAGUAGUGGCCUAUGCAGCCCAGAGAUCUGGUGAGUCGUUUAGGCCAGAACUCAUCGACGUGCUGUUCCCGACUGCAACAUUUUUGGGGUCCCCCGACCCCCGGCUCCAGAAGCACGCCGUGGUCACACUGAACAUCCUAGCGGCGGCGAGCAAGUACGCUUCCGUCUCAGAGCUGAUCGUUGACAACGUUGACUACAUGGUCAGCGCUGUGGCCCUGCGCCUCAACACGCUGGACAUAUCGCCGGCAUCUACACAGGUGCUGACCAUGAUGAUUCGCCUCGCCGGGCCGCACCUCAUACCGUUCCUGGACGACGUCGUCGACUCCAUUUUCGCUGCGCUGGACAACUACCACGGGUACCCCGCAUUCGUUGAAAGCCUGUUCCAUGUGCUCAAGGAGAUUGUCGACCAAGGGGCCAAAACGGAAAGCGCGCGCCUGCUGAAAGAUCACGAGAAGAAGGAGAUUCACCACAAGAAGCAGCACGGUCAGCCGGAAGACCUGAACAGCUUGAUGGCCUUUUUGGACAAACGCGAAGAGCGACGGAAACGCGAUGAGGAAGAGGCGCGAAACAUGCGACCACUCGAGGGCCACCCCCAAAUACCGUGGGGUGAGCCGGAUAAGCAGGUUGGCGACGAGGAGACGGAGCAGGAUGGCGACGGGGGCGGCGAGCCGCCCAGCGAGGAGAAGCCACCGAGCUCGCCAACCUACCGACUACUGAGCCGUGUGGCCGGACUGACACAGCAUUACCUGACAUCGCCAACGCCACGGCUGCGCCGCUCCCUGCUUGCGCUUCUGCGGUCCGCCGCGCCCGCGCUCGCCGGUGACGAAGACGCCUUUCUCCCACUCGUCCACGCCCUGUGGCCUGUCGUCAUUGGCCGCCUCGCCGACCCGGAGCCCUACGUCGUCAUCGAGGCCUGCCACGCCCUCGCAGGCAUGUGCGUCACCGCAGGCGACUUUCUCGCCUCCCGCUUUCAGGCCGAGUGGUCGUGCGAGGGCGGAGGCGGCCUGCGCGACUUUUGCCGCAAAGCAAAACGCUCGGCGGCUGCUGGCGGCAAUCGGGGCCUCCUGGCAGGGCGGUCCUCCUCGACAGACGAUCUCGUGGUGCAGCUGCGCCGCCCGGAGACGACAAGCGGGGUAGUCCGCCGGGUAGAGGAGACUUCAGGGACGGCCGGCGGCCUUGGGGAGCACGCCUCGCCGGCGCGCAUAUGGGCGGCGGUGGUGGCGCUCCUGACGGCGGUGGUGGCGCACGUGCGCAUCGAGGACGCCAUGUUUGACGACGUGCUCGAGCUGCUGGCCGACGUGCUGGAAAAGAGGCCGGAUGCCAGGAAGGCGCUCGAGGUGAUCAAUGCGGAUGCGGUGUGGCUGGCGCUGUACGAGCGCGGGGCGGUGGUGGCUCCGAGGAGGGCGGCCAAAACGACGGUUGAGGGGCUGUCUUUUGUUGAACUGCGGGCGUAG